AUGACCAUCUCCUUCAUCAUGGCUACAGUAACAAUAGUUGUGGAUAUUGUCACAAUAAUUCAGGAAAAAUCCUGUUGUCCACAAUAUACCAUCCGUCUUGAUUCCGAUCAAUUCCACCCAACCAAAGAUCAACGACAAGUUGUCAAUCGUUUCAACAACUUUAUCCUAGGACCUACCUAUACAAAGGAAGCAGCAAGAUUAUACCCCAAAACACGCGAGCAAGCCAAAAAACGUAAUACGGAAUUUGAUCUUCAGGAAAGAAUCCACGAGGGAGAAAAGGAACAAAUCAAGACACCCCCCGAACCAGCUCAUUCUUUCACCGUUACAUUAGAAACCGACGAGUUUACAGAGGAGAAAUAUACUAUUUUUGAAAAUUAUCAACGAAUAGUUCAUCACGACCCACCUAGUAAAAUCAGCAAAGCAGGAUUCAAGAAUUUCCUCUGUUCCUCCCCCUUACCCCGCAGUACCCAAACCAUCAAUGGUAAAACCAAACCCCUAGGAUCCUAUCACCAAUGUUACCGUCUCGAUGGAAAAUUAAUCGCAGUCGGUGUUCUUGAUCUCCUCCCACAAUGCGUCAGCGCAGUAUACUUCAUGUACGAUGAAUCCGUGCAUUCCCACGGUUUCGGAAAACUAGGCGCAUUGCGAGAAAUUUCCCUCGCGAAAGAGAAAGAAUAUCAAUAUUGGUACGCGGGGUUUUACAUACAUAGUUGUGUGAAAAUGAGAUAUAAGGGGGAUUACAGUCCUCAAUAUGUACUAGACCCGGAAACAUAUUCCUGGAUCUUAUUUGAUGAAAAAUUAAAGGGGAAAUUAAACGAGAGGAAAUAUGUCAGCGAGACUCAAUCAACUCCUGAACCUCCAGAUCAAAAUCAAGACUCAUCCACAUCCACACCCACAUCCACACCCUCAUCCUCCGACUCCGACUCAAACUCUCAAACCCCAAUCUUCGCCCGCUCCCCCCCAAUGCCAGGCCUCCUCACCCCCAGCGAAAUCCUCACCAAAGCCCCCCUCGAUAAAAUCAAAAUCCGCAUCGGAAAAACCGAUCAUGAAACCCACGAAUUAAUUAAUUGGGAGACUGAAAGCAUCAUGGAUGCGAAUAGUAUCAAGGGAGUUAUUGCGGAGUUUGGUUAG